AUGACUACCAAAGCGGGCACGCCUUUCUAUGUAGCACCUCAGGUUUUAGAAGGGAAGUACGAUCAAGCCGCAGAUCUUUGGAGUUGCGGUGUCAUUAUGUAUGUCCUUCUAUGCGGCUAUCCCCCAUUUUGGGGUGAUACAGACAAGAAGGUUCUACAGAAGGUUUCGAAGGGCUCCUUUAGCUUUAACCCGGCAGAUUGGAAGAACGUCUCCGAGGAUGCAAAGGGUCUCAUCCGAAAUCUGCUGAAGUUCAGUCCAAAAGAGAGGAUCACUGCCGAGCAAGCGCUGAAUGCUGAAUGGGUGAAGGAUCACGCGCCCCGCGCGAACGAUGUCGCCAUCGGCAGCGGCCUGGUCGACAACCUCAGGGGCUUCCGGUCCCAGAACAAGCUCAAAAAGGCGGCACUCCAUGUCAUCGCCGGUCAAAUGACCGACUCGCAGAUCAAGGAUCUGCGUGAGACAUUCAUUGCCAUGGAUGUCAACGGUGACGGCUUGUUGACCGCGAAGGAGCUUGAAGAAGGCAUGCAGAAGGCUGGUUUGGAGAAAGUUCCGCCAGAGCUGGAUGCCAUUCUCAAGGAUGUUGACAGCAACGGUAGUGGUACCAUUGACUACACCGAGUUUCUGGCUGCAACACUUGACAGGAAAAAUUACAUCGCAGAAGAUGUGUGCUGGGCGGCGUUCAGGGUCUUUGACAAAGACGGCUCUGGCACCAUCAGCCGUGAUGAGCUGGCACAGGUCCUCAGCGAUGGGGAAGUGAAGGCGGUGGCGCCGAAAGAUGUCAGCGAGCUUCUUGAGGAAGUCGACAAGAACGGUGAUGGAGAGAUCGACUUCCAGGAGUUUAUGCAGAUGAUGAGAAAGGUCAAUGAAGAGACAAGUUGA